AUGACUUCGUUUGGAGCAACGAAAAUUAUAUCUGAAGGCGGUUACAUGCCAACAUUCAAAGUUCAAGGCCAAAUAUACCACAAAAUCGGUUCAUUGCUCGCAGUGCCACAACAAGAUGCGAAAUUUCUGCAAAUUUAUUUCACUGGAAAUGAUGCACUGGAAGUAGGCAAGCGUUGCGCAAUUAGUUCUGGGUUCCGACGCGAGAUCAUUUCAAGUUUGCAGGCAAUGUUCCAUGAACAAAACAGUUUGAUUCGCCUUUUUAAAACAGCUCUGGAUCAAAUGCCAUCAGAUGACUAUAGUGUUGUUAUUAGAGCAGACAAAGCUCCUGCUGGUGAACAUGAAAGGCGCUUCAAUGCUCCAGUAACAGGGGAUGUUGCAAUUGUAAUAGUUGGCACCGAAUUCGAUCGACGUGACAUCAUUAUCCACCGGCGAAAUGCUAAUGUGCAGAGAGUAUCGGAAACACAUCGAUCGUAUGAUGCACUCCAAUAUCCAGUGCUGUUUCCCCAUGGAGAAGAAGGAUAUCAUUUCAACAUCAGGCAAGUCGACCCCAGUACAAGUGAAGCGACGACAAAGAAAGUGUCCUGCAUGGAUUAUUAUGCAAACCGCAUUAUGAUUCGUGGAAACGAAUCCAAUCAUAUCUUAAAAUGUCGUGAAUUAUUCCAACAGUUUAUUGUGGACAUGUACGCUAAAGUCGAAUGUGAACGUCUUCUUUUCAUUCGCUUAAAUCAAAAGAAGCUGCGCGUUGAAGAAUACGUUCAUUUACGUGAUGCAGUUGCUAAUGAUGGAAACAUUGCUGACAUUGGACAAAUGGUAAUUUUACCUAUAACAUAUACAGGAAGCCCGCGGCACAUGCACGAAUACGGGCAAGAUGCUAUGACCGUUAUAUCAGCCGAGCUUCCAAAUCAAGCCGAAGAUCCCAUUCUUUUUGAAAUAAUCAAGAAAAAUAUGAUUCAUGGGCCAUGCGGUACUUUUAAUCCUAAUUCACCAUGUAUGCAAAACGGCAAAUGCACAAAGCGAUAUCCACGCGCCACUAAUGGUGGAUACACAACUACUAUUAAGAUGCGAAGUGUAGAUAUCGACAUAGACAAUAGAUGGAUCGUGCCAUACUCGCCACUACUUUCAAAAAUGUUUAAUGCUCACAUCAAUGUUGAGUAUUGUAAUUCGGGCGCUACAUCAGCAGUAACGAAGCAGUAUGGCGGAUAUUUGCAUUCAAUAUUCACGAACGAUAUCCAACGGUUCAAAAUCUCGCUGUUCAUUUGGAAAAUGGUCAGCGGGUUUACUUCACCGAAGAAAAUGCGCAAAAUAGAGCAGCCACAAAACACAACACUGACUGCUUUUUUCGAAUUGGGUACAUCCGAAAAUUUUGCUAAAACGUUGCUGUAUCAAGAUGUGCCCAAAUAUUAUACUUGGAAGACAUCGACAAAAAAGUUCAACAGAAGAAAAAGAGGUGCAAUUGUUCCAGAGCAUCCUGGUAUAUACUCGUCCGAUGCAUUGGGACGUGUGUAUACUGUUCAUCCAAAUAACGCCGAGUGCUAUUAUUUGCGGUUGUUGCUGCAUACAAUCAAAGGGCCGACAUCAUUCCUUGCAUUGAAAACCAUCGACGGAGUAGAAUUCCAAACGUACAGAGAAGCGUGCUUUAAACUGGGCUUACUUGAGAAUGAUCAGAAUUGGAACACAACUCUGACCGAAGCAUCACUCACGUGCCAUCCAAAGCAAAUACGAAAUUUGUUUGCGAUAAUUUUAACAACAUGCGCACCAUCGAAUCCUCGACAACUGUGGGAAAUGCAUCGUGAAAGCCUCAGUGAAGAUAUUCUAGGACAAGCACGUGCAAGCGAUCCAAGUCAGGAAUAUUCGGAUGACAUUUUCAAUGAAGCUUUAAUAUUAAUGGAGGACUUAUGCAUGUCAAUCAACAACAAAGCUCUUUGUCAACUCGGUAUGCCAGCACCGACACGAGAUAGAAACGCUGUACAAGAUAGAGACUUGAUGCGAGAACAGCAGUUUGAUGCAAAUCAGCUUGAACGAUUUGUGCAAACGCAAAACGAGUUUUUAGUUGCUGAUCAGAAAAAAGCUUAUGACAAAAUCAUGCAACGUGUAACCGAAGGAGAUGGCGGAAUUAUCUUCCUAGAUGCUCCAGGAGGUACCGGGAAAACUUUCCUCAUCAAUUUAAUAUUGGCGUCAGUUCGAAUGCGAAAUGGGAUUGCAGUAGCAGUAGCAUCAUCGGGGAUUGCAUCAACACUACUUGAUGGAGGACGUACAGCGCAUUCAGCACUUAAGCUUCCAUUGAAUUUGCACCAGACCGAAACACCUACAUGCAACAUCAGCAAAAACUCUGGUAUGGCCAUAGUCCUUAAAACGUGCAAAUUUAUAAUUUGGGACGAAUGCACUAUGGCACAUAAGAAAUCGCUCGAAGCACUUGACCGAACUCUGCGAGAUUUUCGUGGAAAAGAGCAACCGAUGGGAGGCACUCUUAUACUUCUUGCAGGUGAUUUUCGUCAAACAUUACCCGUUAUACCACGAUCUUCGCCUGCAGACGAGCUGAACGCGUGCUUAAAGGCAUCGCAUCUGUGGAACUAUGUCGAAAAAAUUACGCUCACAACAAAUAUGUGUCCAAAAAUACCGCGAUCACCUGAUCGCACCCAUUCACCAGCAUUCCAAGCGGAGCAGCAAUCUACUGGCAAUGCCGCUGCCACCCAACUGCAUAGUGAGCUAAAUGACAACGUUGUCGAUCCGUCAGCAGUUGGGAGUGGGAUGGGGAGUGAAGCUUGCUCUCAAUCAAAUCAAGUAAUACGUAUGCCUUCUACGCUGGAAGAGAUGCGCAAGACAAGCCUUACAUUUUAUAAAAUUGCAAAGUUCCCAGGUGUCAUUGGUUCUAUCGAUUGCACGCACGUUAGGAUUCAGUCGCCUGGCACCGACCAGGCCAAGAACUAUCGUAACCGCAAAGGUUGGUUCUCCAUCAAAGUGCAAACAGUGGUCGAUGCGGGAGCUCGAAUUACGAACACUGUUGCUCGCUGGCCAGGUUCUACUCAUGAUGACGGCGGAUAUCGUAACAACGAAUAUAUGGUGACACCGCAUUUGAACCCGCAAAUAGCUGAAAAGUAA